GCUUCUUAGCGUGAUGGAAUUUUACUUUUAGAAAAAAACGUACAUUGAAUUUUGUAUGUAUUUAAUUACUGACAGAAUUUUGAUGUUGCCACAAGAGACGUAUAAGAUAUAAUGAAUGAGCAGUAAAAAUAUCAAGCAACAUUUAUGAGUACAGCAACGUUGCUGCUACGAGUUUGGUAGGCGUUACCAUGUGUGUAGCUGCCCUUAUAAUCAUAGAAGUGAGAAUACUUAUGUUACUCUUCGAGUGAGAUUCUUCGUCCAAGGCUACAAUAUUAAUGUAUAAAAAAAUAUUGUUUAAAAAAAAUGACUUUUAUUUAUUGAAACCAUCGAACCCUCUAAAGCCCCAAUAUAAAUAUUUAUAUUUAGAAUUUGUUGGGCAGUGUUUACAGUAUUUAAUACAUUUUAUAAGUCUGGAGUGUUUUCUCAAUUUCCUUCUUAUUUUAUUAUAAUUUUAUUUUGCAAGUAAAAGAUGGAAAAUUUUCGUGUAAAUAAAUGCUGCUAUUGCAUUGGAUUAAGGACUGGCUCCCUCAUCAUUGCCUACAUAUACUUGAUCGACUCAUUCUGUACAAUAGCAUCGAGUUGGUCCUACAGGAAUAUGUUAGCGGAUAAUUAUGAAGUUGAGCAAAAUAAUAAAAUGGGCGCUAUAGCAUUAUUCGUAUGUCUCUCGGUCGCCAUCUUGAUUCUCAUCAUAAUCUUCAUUUUAAGCAUAGUUGCCUUAAUCGGCAUGCACAGGGACAAGGAAACUCACAUAAAGGCAUUCGUUAUUUGUUUCGUGGCCCACAUUGUUAUGCGGAUAAUACUAAGCAUCAUAUACUUCAUUAUCUACUUCGCUCUGAAAACGUCAUAUACAUCGUUUAGUCAGCUUUCAAACGCUGGCUUUUCUAUAUUCUUGGCUGCAAUUUACAUCUAUUUCCUCAUUGUCCUCACGAGCUACUACUACGAGAUGCAAGGUAGUACGGCCUAUCGAAAACUGAAGAACCGGUGUGACGCACGUGAGUGGGGAAUUCUAAUUGGCCGAAACCAUUUGGUGUGGCGCUACAGUAUCACCAGCUUUACAUUUCUGUUUAUUGUUAUCUAACAAUAUAAUUGAUUUAUUCAAGAGUCUAAAAUCUCAAGAAUUGAUGAUUGGACUAGUAAUGAAGAUUAUUAAUAUGUUCUUGAUACGCUGAUCGUAAAGUGAAUAACGAAUUGAUUGAUGGAAAUCUUGAAAACAACUGUACAGGUGUACACUGUAAAAAAUAUCUUAGUAGAAGUGCAGAUAGCACAGUAACAGCUUAUAAAUAUAUUGUUUUAAACUUUCAUAUAAUUAUUUCAUUUAUUUCAUAUAAGUUAUUUACGGGAUUGUUUGUCUGUCUGUGUCUGGAAUCCUGUGGUUCGUAUGUG